GAGAAAGGAGAGCCAUUCCGUGCUGCUACACCAUUACUUUCCGUUCCGUUCCGUUAUCAUGGAUACCGCCGCUGUCGUCAAUGUAUUUGAAUCGUUCUGGGAGAACCUGGACCGUUUAAUCGUCCUUAUUCCUAGCUUGAUAGUAAUGAUAUUUGUGUCUUAUCUUCUCGUGUUCGCAUUUCACACUUGCAAUCUGGUGUUCCUAAGUUAUAAGAGCAAGGGGGCCAAAGGAAGAGAGCGCCGCAGCUGCCAAUUGGAGGAGGAGCCACGAGGAGUAGGAGUAGGAGGAGGAGGAGGAGGAGGGGGAGGAAAAAGAGGAGGAGGAGAAAAAGGAGUGGGGCAAAACGACGAAAUGACCAAAGGAGAGGUUGAAGAUCGCCACCGGGAUUGUCAGCAGUCUAGAAGCGAGUUGAUGGGUCAGCUGCAGCAGGAGGAUGAACUGCCGCCACAUGGCGCCGCCUCCGACGACGACGCCGUCGAUGUCAUCGUCGUUGGCGCUGGCCUUGCCGGCUCUGCCUUAGCGUUCACACUUGGCAAGCAAGGUCGACGCGUGCUUCUGCUGGAAAGAGACUUGUCAGAACCAGAUAGAAUAGUCGGGGAACUGCUUCAGCCUGGAGGCUACCUGAAGCUGAAAGAACUGGGCAUGGAGGACAGCGUGGAAGGGAUCGAUUCCCAAAUGGUGUAUGGGUAUGCGCUCCUCAAAGACGGCCGUGAAGCUAAAGUAGGCUACCCUCUGCCAAGAGAGACUUAUGGGAAAGACGUUGCGGGUAGGAGCUUCCAUCACGGGCGGUUCAUUCAGAGAUUACGAGCAAAGGCUGCAUCUGUGCCGUUAGUCACCGUUAAGGAAGCCACCGUUACCUCGCUGAUCGAGGACGAAGGGGGUGCUGUGAGGGGUGUGAAAUUCCGCACUGGCAGGGCCGCCUCCUCUUCGGGCCAGGAAGAGGAGGCCCUCGCCCCCCUCACCGUCAUUUGCGAUGGGUGUUUUUCUAGGUUCCGUAAGACCUUGUCCAGUGGCAAGGUCGACAGCACCUCCUGCUUUGUGGGGAUGGUACUGCAAAACUGCCACUUGCCGGUCCCGAACUAUGGUCACGUGGUCAUUGUGAAUCCGUCUCCUAUUCUGUUUUAUCCCAUCAGCAGCACGGAGGUGAGGUGUUUGGUUGAUGUCCCGGGUACCAAAGUCCCAUCCAUCCACACUGGGGAAAUGGCAGAGCACCUGAAGACCCAAGUUCUCCCUCAGCUACCUGCCAAGCUUGCGAAACCCUUCUUGGAGGCCGUCGAAAGGGGUCAUAUUAGAUCUAUGCCGAAUAGCACCUUACCGGCUGCGCCUUUGCCCCGGGCCGGUGUCCUUCUGAUGGGGGACGCAUUUAAUAUGAGACACCCCUUGACUGGGGGUGGGAUGACGGUGGCGCUGUCCGAUAUAGCCCUCCUUAGAGAUAUGCUGAGGCCUCUGCCGACGUUCGGCGACGUGUCUGCGAUCACCGACUAUUUGCAAGCCUUCUAUACGAGAAGGAAACCCAUGGCGGCCACCAUCAACACCUUGGCCUUGGCUCUGUACAAAGUAUUCUGCGCGUCGCAGGAUGCCGCCAUGCUCCAGAUGAGAGAAGCCUGCUUCGGCUACCUGAGCUUGGGAGGGGUUUUCUCUGCAGGUACUAUCGCCCUGCUCUCGGGACUGAACCCGCGGCCGCUAAGCUUGGUCUUUCACUUCUUUGCAGUGGCACUGUAUGGUGUUGGGCGCCUUUGCUUCCCUCUCCCAUCCAUUCACCACCUCGGGAUAGGCAUGCGAUUGAUCAAAGGAGCCUCUAACAUCAUAUUACCCAUCAUCAAGGCUGAAGGCGUGAGGCAGAUGUUUUUCCCAACCACGCUGCCUGCGUACUACAAGGAACCUCCCUCCCCCUGAUUUGACUGUUACACAGAGAGAGAGAGGCAGAGAAGGGGUGGGGGGGGGUGGUGGUGAGGCAGCGGGGGGAGAACCAAAAGAAAAAUAGAGGACAUGUGUGUGUGUGUGUGUGGGUGUGUGGGUGUGUGUGGGUGUGUGUGUGUGUGUGUGUGAGAGAGAGAGAGAGAGAGAGAGAGAGGGCCAGCGGGUGGGGAACCAAAAGAAAAAAUAGAGGAAGCGAUGUUUGUGUGUGCGUAAGAGAGAGAGAGAGAGAGAGAGAGAGAGAGAGGGCCAGGGGGUGGGGAACCAAAAGAAAAAAUAGAGGAAGCGAUGUUUGUGUGUGCGUAAGAGAGAGAGAGAGAGAGAGAGAGAGAGACCUCUUAAGUUUGUGGGGGAUAUCAAGGUGAGUGAGGGCAGUGGUGCCUGCACAAAGUAUGCGAACAGGAUGGGAGCAAGAAAUAGGGGAAGGCAAUCACUCGCCCUUACACUGCCUCUCUGCAGGAUGGUUCCCCGUUCCCAGUUGGUCUCAGUAGACAUGUCUUUUCACUACACUAUCCUCUGCAAUUCCCUAGGAGUCUA